CGCGUCAACACAAAGAAGACUUGGGGGGGGACAUGGGGUCCCUGCGAGUGUGGGAGUCACCCCACUUCCUAAUCUUGCUCCUACCGAUCGCCUUCUCCCCCCAAGCCUCAGCUAAUAUUGAAAUUACCACAGGUGGCGCCAUUGUAUCCCUAAGGAACCAAGAUGUAUUAAUCCCGUGCAAUAUAACCCAUUCCGACACCGCAAAACUCGAUCUGAAAAAGCUCUCAGUCCAGUGGACCCUGACGCCCCCCAAUGGAACGCAAGUUGAUCUAUAUCUGUACGUGAGCAGGAACGUGACCCAAAACCGCCGUGGGUUAAACAUAUCUGAGACGGACCUUGAAUUGGGCAUCGCGGGAUUCACCAUAACUCAGAUACAGUUCAGCGAUGAAGGGGAAUAUACCUGCACUGUCACUUACACCCCUCAGAAGAAACACGGCGCCGUCACUGUGGAGGUGUCAGCUCAACCAAUCACCACGUUGGAACCUCCGCACUUCGUUGCUAUUGAUCUUGGGACGGAGAAGACAAUUUUGUGUGAAGCCAAAGGGUUUUACCCUGGGGCAAUAAAACUCCAGUGGGUGAAGCAUCUGGGCCCCUCCAGGCAGGAAGUGUUGGACGCAGGAACCUGUUUCCGGGACCCCGUAUUGACCAGCGACGGAACUUUCAAUGUAACAAGUCAGCUGACACUAAAGCCGUUACUUGGGGAUAAUGGAAAUAAUUAUUCCUGUAGAAUAAAGCACAAAUCCGCUGAGCAACAACUAAACUUUACUCUCGUUGUAAAAGAGCCAGGCGCCCCCAUAGCGAGUGUCAUUCUAGUUGCAGUACUUGUUGCAGUGAUUGCGCUACUGGUUGGCCUCGGCUGCUUUCUAGUUAGAAAGAAAGAACCCCCCAAACUCUCUUCCAUUACCGGAGCGGAACAUUUGGUGCAUAUGAACGAGGCGACUCUCUCCUGCCAGAUCUCUGGUUUCCGACCCAAACCCAUCAGAAUUACAUUGUUUUUGAGAAGAAAAAGGGGAGAAGUGAUGGAAAUUUACUCCUGGGAUUCUGAGGCCCAAACUGGUUCCGUUGCCCCAGUGGCGCAUCACAGAGAUGAGCAGAGUGUGGUUAUUGCGCCAGAGAGAGAGGGGUUAAUGGGAAAUGGGAAUGUGCAAUAUCUGCCCCCGGCACAGAGGGCGCUGCGAGUGGAAAUGGUUCCUGUAAUAACAACAAGUGAAUAUCGUAUUUCCAACUGUCAGUGCACAAUCCGUAUAACCCCCGACAUAGAGGCAGAUGAUGGGGCAGAACUGACAGUGCGAGUGUAUCACAUUACUCUGAGUGCCCCCAUCUCUGUGUCCCAUCGGCUGGAUGUCAAGGGAGUCAACCCAAAGAUAUCCAAAAUCGUAUCCCCGCUCCGUAUCCUCCAGGGGGAAUCCCUGACUCUGACCUGCCCCAUCUAUGGGUUCAAGCCAAAGCCGCUCUCUGUUACUUGGCUGAAAGUGGAUUCGGGGGGUCGGGAAACAGAACUUCUGCGCUGGGAUAAAGGUACAUCCACCAUCUGUGACCCAAGAUAUUUACAUGAGCUGGCAGAAUAUGAAAAACAAGAGGGAGAAGAAGAAGAUCAUCUCAACUACUUCCUAAGCAACGUGACCCUGAAGCCCACAGUGAGGGGGGAUCACGGGGCUCAGUACGUCUGUAGGACUCACCAUUACGCCACAGAACAUACAGCCGAGAAACGUAUGGAAAUGCAGGUUUUAGCUCUCCCAGAGUUGGAUCCCAUACAGACAUUAUCAGAGGUUCUACCUGUGGGCAAAGAGACCACGUUAUCCUGCACAAUCCAUUCCUUCCACCCAGAGCCCCUGGGAGUUUCCUGGUAUAAGGGGGAUGAGCUCUUGGCAUCACACAAUGACCCAAUACUCCCUGAUGCCAGCGGGUUGUUCCAUGGUACCAGCCGUGCCACAUACAGACCCAGUGUGAGGGACAUUGGGAAGAGGUUCCGGUGUGAGGUCUCUCAUGAGAGUCUCCAACAUCCUAAAUGUGUUUCCUGGGAACUGAAACAUCUGGUCUCUAAACCACUGAUAAGUGAAAUAGAGUGUAAGCCUGAGGUCCCUGAGUGCGACCAACCUGUCACAUUAUCCUGUACUGCCCGGGAUUUCUACCCUGCAACCUGCUCAGUCCGUUGGUACCAGGGCCGGAAAACCAUCUCUCCUGCAAACGAUACAGAACCUGCCCAGCAGGACCCCGAGUCCGGACUGUUCUCUAAAACAACAGAAAUGAUAUUUAUUCCUACUAUUAACCAACAUGGGGCAGAAUACCACGUGGAGAUCACACAUUCCAUGGAGAUGACCAUAAGGACAUAUCAUUUAAAGCUAAAAGGGUUCCCAGAUAUCAAAGACAUCACUUGCAAUACAAAUCCCCCAAUAUACGGGAAACCACUAACACUAAGCUGUGAGGUGAUUGGCUGCGAUAUUUGUGAUGUCACAGCAGAAUGGCGAGUAAGUGGGGAACCAAUUGAGAGAGAAAUGAGAAACACUGAAAUAAACCAGAAUUCUGUCUCAUUCAUCCUCACACUAACACCUACAGCAGAGCAUUGUGGGAAAGUUGUCAGCUGUUGGGUAAAGCGACGGGAUCUGCAACAUCCGCUGAAAAAAAAUUAUCUUCUAAAAUUACCAGAUGUGCCCCCGACCCUAUCGGAGAUCACGGCGUUCCCAAAAGAUCCACCAAUUAACAAAGUAGCCGACUUUACAAUAACCAUCUCUGGUUUCUCCCAGAGGAAAGUGGAGGUGAAAUGGUUCAAGUCUGGGGAGCCGCUCACAGAGCAGGUUGUGACUUCAGAGCCGCAAGUCGGAGAGGACGGACUGUAUUCCUGUAACAGCACCGUGAGAUUCCCACCAACCAGCAACGAGCUCAUUCAAUGUGAAGUGGUGACCAACAAGGGAAAAUACACCAAACAGUUUCAGUGUAAAUCAAGACGAUUUGCCCGACUUUCACUGGAACCUUCAACACUUUAAAUAAACAAGAGGCGCCUAUAAGGUUUAAAGGGAAACUAACUGCCCCUGAAGUAGGAUCGAGGGAAACGUGUCCUCCAUAAAGGCAGAUGCACUGAGUUACCCCGUUGCUAUGGCUCCCUAUUGCUUACAAAGGCUGGGCAGUGCCAACUUCCCAUGGAGGGACCAGAUGCGCAGACACUGAAGCCUGAAGCCAAGUGUAUUUGUUACUUGUACUUUCAUUUUUACCCUUUGUUACUCUCCAAACCUACAGCAUAAAAUGGCUGCAAAGGGAUUUAUAAAACAAGGGCAUUUCUGGGGACAAAAAUGUUUUGAAAAAGAAAUGUAAAAAAUUACAGUAACUGCCCCUGAGUCCACUUGCUGUUGGGUGGGGGGUUCACACCGACCCCCCCGACUGUUUACAUAGGGGCAGAAUGUAUGUGCCACACAGCCCUAUGCGCAGCACUUGUCGGAAAACAGGGCAUUUUAUUUCAGGAAACACAUUUUCCAAUUGGGGCAUUUAUCUGACUUUGUGAGUUUUGUGAAUGUGAUUGGGAAAUUAGAUUGUUAGCUCCUCUGUGAGUGAUAAACUAUCCCUCUGUAAAUGUGUGGGGGUGUAUCGGUAAUAGAUAAAGGAUAAUAAUGGCUCAGUGAGUAGCACUACCUUACAUAUAUACUAACACAUGCAUGUUCUCUGGGACUUUAAACCAUUUCAAUUGUUAGCUCUUGUUGCAUUUUAUUAUUGGAGCACCUCUAUUGUGUUUUUUGGGGGGGGUGUUGGCUAAAAAAUAACUGAGGCCUUUGGCUUAGAAGGAGGAAUGCUAACAUAAAUGAACACUAUAUUAUUUCUUUUGGCAUGGCAGAUGGUUAAAGGUACUGUGCGCUUUAGAAUGAAUGUCUAAAAUAGAAUAUAA